CGAACUCUUAUAGCCUGAAUAUGUCUGAUAGUGAUGAUGGUUUAUUUGAACAACUUGAAGCUGAGCUAGAGAAUGACGGAACGUUCGAUUAUUACAGACAGAAGCAAAUUCUUCAGUUUCAACAUACCAUCAAACAACGAGAGAAUUUGAAGCAAAACUUUGAGCUAUUUUUUAACGAGAAAGAUUUACUUGAAAGAUUGAAGUUCAAAGGAAGUAGGGAUGGAAACUAUUUGGUUGCCUUCAUCGAUGAAACUUUUACGACCUGUCAGAUAUUAAUUGAGAAAUUAAAGGAGACGGUGCAACUUAGUGAUGGAAGCUAUUCGGUCUAUAUAAUAAAGGCUUCCGAAGCUCCAUUUUUAGUAGCCAAACUCGCUAUCAAGGUGCUCCCGACUAUGGUGGCGUACGUGAAAGGUCAGAAAAUAGGACAGCACGUGGGAUUGCAAGGGCUCCUAGCUAAUCCUAUCGACGUCAACACGUUGAGCAGUGACCGAUUAGGAAGAUUGCUUAUAUCGUAUUUCCCUAAAAGGGAGGAUGAUAGUAGCGAUGAGGAAUAAUUUAUAUAGAGUUAAGUGGUCAGUGUUUAGUGUGAGCGAUUUAGUUGUGAUAGAUCUACAACAUGAAUCUUUCUAACAAGUGGGAUUAGAAUCAAAUAACACACGUAAUCAAGCUACCAUUUUGGCGUCACAAGGGGAAAAAAAUCCGACUCCUGAAAAAAAUGACAUUUUCCCAAAAACAAAACAUCUUUACACCAGAGGGUUUAGCUUAUCGG